AUGGUACGACUCAAGUCGCGAUAUCUGCUUUUCCAAAUAGUCUACCCCACAGACACUCUGUCGACGUCGGAGGAUGCCAAAACGCGGUUCCUCAAGAUCCACAGAACGUCCGACGCCUCUGUGGUCAACGCCCGCAACCUGACGCAGAUAUUCAAGGACGAAAUGGAGGAGUUGCACGGCGAUUUGGGCGCGGGCUCGAUCAUGACAACGCUCAAUGUCAAGUACUUUUCACCGGUAACGUCGACGGGCAUAGUGCGGGUUGGGCGGCAGUUCUUGCGUGAGUUCUGGGCUGCGCUCACCAACAUCACCGACAUUGAUAACACGCCCGUGGUGAUCAACGUGGUGCACGUGAGUGCCACCAUCAAAAAGUGCGAGAUAGCGGCGAUUGAACGCAAUCAACAGAUUGUGCGGUAUCUGCAAAGGGGUGGCCUGGCCGUGAAGGAGGAGAAAGUGGACAUGUCGGAUGAGGAGUAA